AUGGAUACGGAUACAGCUGCUCACGGUGACGACACGCUAGCGGCCCCGUCACCAAGUUCCAACGUCCACAUUCGACCUGCAUGCGAGAACUGCCGCGUUCGCAAGAUCCGCUGUGAUAGGCAGUACCCAUGCUCUCACUGCAUUAACACCAAACUCGAAUGUGUCGUUACCGAAAAGAAACCUAGGGAGAAACGCAACCGCAUCCUAGUCACUCCACAGUAUGAGAAGAAAAUUGACCAGCUCGAUCGUCGCAUGGACCAAGUCCUUGGCCUACUCCACGAUCUCAAAAAUGAACAACCCAGUCGAUGUUGUGCCGCUUUACCGAGACGAGCUGCGCACGUAUCGACAGUUCCUUCAAGUCCAUCGAGCCAAAAUAUCCAGCAAACGCCUUCUGCGGUGUUGGGUGUUGAAGGAGAGUCCUCAUUAGCCGCCCACUCUGCGUUUGCUAGUAACUUGAUGCAUCAAGUCGCAAGCGCCGAACCCAGCCCAGGUUUUGGCCCAGACAUGAGAAACACACUGGGCGCACUGUCACACGUCGUUGGAACACUGAAAGAGCAAACGUUCGCUAAUGAAAUGGCGUAUCCUCACUCCCGACCGAGCCAACGCCCACGCCCAUCGGGCUAUGAGCUGCCUCCUAUCGAAAAGGCAGUUGAGCUCAUUCGAAUUGCAAAAAGUCAGAGACUAGCAGGAACAGGCUUCAUAUACGAGUUCAUGCUCAUGCGAGAUUUCUCCGAUAUUUGCCUCCAGGUUUACUUCUCCGAUACUUUCUCCGAGAUGGAAUUCAUCAUUGCCAACGCUGGCUUUUAUUCUCUCUUCUCAGACUAUAGCUAUCAUGUCUCUUCAGGCCAAAGGGACGCUUGCUUAAGAUAUGCCCGUAUGUGCCGCGAGAACCUUGAGACAGCACUUUAUGAUCUGCCACUUCAUCUGCCGACAACACCAGAGGCUAUAACGGCUCUUCUCUUUGGCGCUUGGCACGCGAUCGAGCUCUCGAAACCAUAUCUCUCCUGGGCAUUGUCCAGCAAGGCCUCAGAGGUGUGCCAGACGUUGGGCUAUCACAGAAUUCCUAAUACAGAUAACAGCGAUGACGCCAAGUUUAGGAAGUUUCUGUUCUGGACUAACCACUUCCUCGAUAAGAGUCUGUGCCUUCGCCUUGGUCGAGCAUCCACCAUUCUCGACUGGGAUCUCACAACACACCGACCAGCAAUCAGUGAUCCCCAUCAAGAACCAGUCAUGGCGUAUUUCGUACUCUGGAUCGAAGCUGCGCGCUGUCAGGGCAAUAUCUACGAGCUUCUGUAUUGCCCCGAAGCUAUUACCCAGCCUGAGCACGUCAGACAUACUCAGGUUCAGCUUCUUGUGAACGAUCUACACAUGUUGGAGCAGGCCACGAAAGAAACUCAUAAGAAUUGGAUCCAGAUCUCCAAAGAUAAUUCUGGCAAGGACUUGAUGGAUUUCUUCGCCGUCUCAGACGAUAUCCUUCGACUGUCACUGCUCACUCUCGUCUAUCGAGCCGCUCCACAACAGACUGGGGCUCUAACAACGUUCAGGUCCAAUUGUGUCGAAGCUGCUAGAGCUACUCUCCACAGGCAUCAUGAUUGCCUAGAAAUCAUCGAAAGGAGCAGUCAAGACUUACUCCCAACCUAUGUUCAUUGGACUCUUCUCUUCGCUCCAUUCAUCCCCUUUAUCGUCAUUUUCUGCCAGGUAAUUGAAGCCCAAGACAAGGAAGACCUCAACCGCCUCCAUACCUUUGUCGCUUCUAUCCAGCCUGCUGCCGCUGCCUCGAGCGCUGCAACCAAGUUGCAUCGACUAUUCCAGGUCCUCUACAGCGUUGCCACUCGCUAUGUUGAGCUCUCAGCCUCGCGCGACCCUCGCCCACAGGAUACUGAAGAAAUGGAUACGUAUCUCAAGUUACUGGGCAUGCAAACCUCGUGGGGGGGCGAUGGUAAUGAGGAGCAAGGGCUGGGAUUUGGCCACAACCUCGAUGCUACAAGAGGUGGAGAUACAGUGACCACCGGGCCCAUGUUGAUGAACCCAAUGAUUCGCACAGGGCAUGGAGCACAGUUGGAAGAGUGGUUGUAUAGUAAUGAAGCUCUGAUGCAGUCUUCUGGGACUUUCCCUGAUCGCUUUUCACCUGCAAGCUAG